CGAGUAAACUUCAGAAAAGUAGCACAUACGAACUCAUCAGUAAUUAAAGUUUAGUUUUCAUGUGAAGAUAUAAAAAUAAAAAUGCACGCCGGGAAAAGUAUAGAAAUAAAUGUUGAUUUGGUAAAAGAGAGAGCAAAAUGUAAUUUCAAUAUAAGAGAAGUUAUACAUAUUUUGGAUGGCGGUGAAAGAAUACGAUACAUCGGAAGAAAAAAGUUUCAGUUCACCAGUUUUUCGAAGGAUAGCCGACGUAUAUUUUAAAGAAGUGACUCCGUUGAUCCCUUACUUCGGGAUGUUUGUCUGCACAAUCAUGGGUUAAUGCACGCUCGAACAGCUGGCUUACUAGUUGCCUCGAGCACUUAACUUCGAAAUCAUUGGAACUUACGUCCAGACAACGGACAGUUAGUCCAUCGUGACGAAUUCCACUAGAAUUAACCAGGAUGUUUUCCAGGGGGAACUGUGUGGAGUUCGAUCUGAUGAUACAUCCAGUAUUGACAGCUGGGACCACACGGCGAAAGAGACUGUGCUUGCUAUCAAAGAACUUAAAGAUGACAUACCAGAGGAUUACUUGAGUCACAAGGAGAGAUAUGAGAAUGCUAUCAGGAAAGCGUGUAUACUGAGGGAACUUCGUGUGCGGCACGAUCAAAACAAACCGCUUAUACCAGAAAAACCUACGUAUGUAUACAAUAUCCUACCAGCAACAAUAAAAGAUAUAUCACCGUUCUUUCUUCAUGAAUCCAUGUUUAUUGCAACAAUUUGGGGUCUUAUGAAUGACGAGCAGAAAGCUGAGUGGUUACCAAAAGCAAUGGAAAUGAAAGCCAUUGGAACUUAUGCACAGACUGAGCUAGGGCACGGUACAUUUCUGAGAGGUCUAGAGACGACCGCGACGUACGACCCUGAAACUGAAGAGUUCAUCUUGAACACACCCACUCUGACGGCUUACAAAUGGUGGCCCGGUGGAUUGGGACAUACUGUCAACCAUUGCAUCGUAGUAGCUCAAUUGUACACCCAAGGGAAAUGCCAUGGUAUCCAACCAUUUAUAGUACAAAUCAGAGAUCUGGAGACCCAUAUGCCACUCCCAGGAGUUCACGUGGGUGAGAUUGGUCCAAAAAUGGGCUUUCAGACUGCCAACAAUGGUUUUCUUGGUUUUAAAAACUUUAGGAUACCUAGAAAGAAUAUGUUGAUGAGGAACUCAGAAGUAAAAAAGGAUGGAACAUUCGUAAGGUCUAGGAGUGAUAAAUUAACGUACGGAACUAUGGUUAUAGUGAGGGUGAAUAUUGUAAAUGACGCCGCGAUGCAGUUAUCUGCAGCUGCAAUUAUUGCUGUCCGCUACUCGGCCGUCCGACAUCAGUCGCAGCCGAAACCCAAUGAGCCGGAACCUCAGAUUCUGGACUAUGUGACUCAGCAACGAAAGCUUUUCAUUAAUAUCGCCACAGGUCAUGCCUUAAGGAUCGUAGGACGGUGGCUUUGGAAGACAAUGUUGGGAGUUCUUCAAAACAUUUCAGAAGGAAAUUUGGAACAGUUACCUGAGUUACAUGCUUUAUCCUGCUGCUUGAAAGCUGUGUGCACUCAGGAUUGUACAGCAGGCAUUGAGCAGUGCCGCCUGGCGUGCGGUGGUCACGGUUAUAUGAAAUCGUCCAACUUACCAUUGCUUUAUGGUCUCACCACUGCUGCCAUGACAUAUGAAGGUGAAAAUACUGUGCUGUUAUUACAGACAGCUAGGUUUCUGCUAAAGACAUGGACGCAAAUAUUAGAAGGUGACACAAAAUUAAAUCCAACUGUUUUGUACCUGCUCAACUUUGCGAAACCAACUGACUACAGAUGGGAGAAUACAAACCAAGGAAUCAUAAAAGGGUUUCAGGCAGUUGCUGCUGGAAAAAUUAAAACAGCUUACGAUACCGCAAUGAAACAUGUCGGUGCUGGUAAAAGCCAGGAGGAAGCGUGGAAUCUAGCUUCGAUACAAUUAGUAGAAGCUAGUGAGGCUCAUUGUCGGGUAAUAAUUUGCGAAGUAUUUUCAAAUGAGAUUCAACGUGCGUCGAACACUUUAUCUCCCAACUUAUCUAGAGUUUUGCAGCAGUUGGUUGAACUUUAUUUAGUACAUUGGGCAUUGGAAAAGAAAGGUGACAUUUUGUUGUAUUCCACAAUAUCAAGAGAUGACAUCGCUGCCUUGAGAAUCAGAUACGAAGAGUUGCUUGCUUUGAUCAGACCAAAUGCUGUUGGGCUCGCUGACGGCUUCGAUUUUAGAGAUGAGGUCCUGAAUUCGACGCUAGGUGCAUACGACGGGCGUGUGUAUGAGCGCCUGAUGGAGGAAGCCCUCAAGAGUCCCCUCAAUGCGGAGCCCGUCAACAGCUCCUUCCACAAGUACAUAAAGCCAUUCUGGGAGAAAGCUAAACUGUGAUUUAUUUAUUAUUAUUUGAAUUUGUAUAUAAUAUGUCAUUUAAAAUAUAUAAGUUUAAUAUUAUAUUAAUAUAAAUACUUA